UAUCCUUAUCUAAAUAAUUAAACAACAGAUUAGAUAUUUCGAUACAACGUAUUCUAAGGAUGAUCUCAAUAAACAUUCAUUAGUGAUUAUUGUUUUGUGUGUGAUGUGUUAUAUAAUUUAACUUAAUUUAAUUAAUUUAAGUUAAGUAUAUCUUUGUAAUAAUAGUUAUACGAUGGAUAAAGCUUCAGGAAGUGAAGUGUCCCUACGAAGUAAAUCAGGAAAAGUUGCGAGAUGGCGCCCAAGUUCUCUCAUGAAUAUAAUGACAAGAAGCAAUUCCUACAAAUCAAAUAGAAGUGUAUCAGUGCUUGAAUCAAACGGGAAGGCGGGAAAAUAUAUAAAAAGGGCAAAAUCAUUGAACAACGACUGGACGACAAUUGUCACGGUGGUACUUAUCGAAGCGAAGAAUCUACCUCCAGCAGUAGAAGUUGCAUCAGCGCAAGGAAUUUACUGCAAAUUAAGAUUAGGUGCAGAGUCGUUAAAAUCAAAAAGUGUACCAAACACGGAACAUCCCAAAUGGCGAGAGCAGUUCAAGUUACACUUACAAGAUGAUAACUACUUGCAUCUAUCCGUCUGGGAGAGGGGGAAACAAAAACAUCCAUUAGGCAGCUGUGUUAUAAACUUGGAUAACCUUGAGAAGGAGAGAACGCACGUGAUAUGGCAGGAGUUGAUGGAGAGUGGGAGUAUACACUUGUCUAUCACGAUGUGUACGGUUCGGUCAGUGACGGUUCCAGAGAACUGUAUGUGUAACUUAAAUAAUUACAAGGAAAAAUAUAGCUUAACAAACAUUGACACAAAUUUGAACGUGAUCGGCGUUCUUCAUGUCAAAGUGGUGGGAGUGAGGGGACUGGGUUCUAAACCCAGCGCGUACUGCACACUGCGAGUUGACAACCAGAGCGUCCAGACACACAGAGCUCGAACAACUACAGAGAUUGUGUGGAACAGAUGUUAUGUCUUUGAUAUCCAUGACAUUAUUUCAACUCUAGACCUCAAAGUGUAUGAGAGUUCACUAGCAAACACUUUUCUGAACGAGUCACUCGGUAAAGUCUCCAUCCCACUUCUGAAGAUAGUGAACGAAGAGAUGCGUUGGUACGCUUUGAAAGUGAAAAACAGAGCAGGCAGCACUAGAGGGAAUUGUCCAAGAGUCCUUCUACAGAUGUCCAUAAUGUGGAACCCAGUAAAAGCAACGCUGAAGUUAUUUCAACCUAGAGAAGAGACACAUUUGAAAAAGGGCAUUAAAUUUGAUGUUGGCCUCAUAUACAGUAACAUCUUGUUUAUAUCUAAUGUGUUUGAUUUUCUCGUUGAUAUCAAUGAUGGUUAUAAACGUUUAUUUGAGUGGGAUGACCAGGAGUUCUCAUUCUGUGUGUUAAUCGGGUGGAUUGUGUUCUGUUACUUUAUACAAGUUUGGAUGGUGCCACUACUUUUACUAAUACCGUUUGGUUAUUACUGGCUAUGGAAAAGGCAUGAAGAUAACGUCGGUGCUGCAAGACAGUAUUCAGAAGAAGAAGUUGUUGAUAUAAAUAAUAACAGCAAUAAGAAUGACGAUAAGAGUUUAAUGGGUCGCUUGAAGAUACAAGAGUUGCAACAAGUAACAAUCACAGUUACCAGAGGUAUUGAAAUGAUAGCGUCCUACGCUGAGAGAUUUGCUAACUUAGUCAGUUUCAAGGUACCAUUCCUGAGUUAUGUCACAAUGAUUAUUUUGGUAGUUGUUUCUAUUGGAUUAUACAUCAUACCAUUUAAUUACAUUCUUAUGGGCUUUGGAAUCAUGAAAUUCACAAGGAAAUACAAGAACCCAAAUCGAUUGUUAAAUAAUGAUUUAUUGGACUUCGUGUCAAGAUUGCCUGACGACGAUGUAUUGAAAGAAUGGAAGGAAUUACAUGUACCAAAACCAAACCGCGAAGGAGAUGCUAGUCAUAUUAUGGCAAGAUCCUUCAGUACCUCAAGUUGAGGCUUAACUAAAUAUAAAUUAUUUAUAUUAUAAAUUAUCACGUAAA